AAAACAGCCGGUGUUGUCCAACUUCCUCUUCCCCCGAAACGGCUGAGUCGUUCUCUGGUUCCUCUGCCUUCCCCCAAUCGCAAUCACCUGGAGACGCCACACCACGCCUUCCUCUCCGCCUCCACACCCACGGCCCGGACCCCAACGCCUCCGCCCAUUCCCGGCGAACGCUCACUGGCCCGUCAGCUCACGGGCCUCCCCAAACGCCCGUCGCGGCGCCGCGCCGACUUAUAUACCAGAGAGUGUGGGCGGGGACGGGGGUUCGGUCCUCCGCGUUGGGCCCCCCCGCUUCGGCCAAUGAGGAAGAAGCGAAUCUACGCCGUUUUCCCGGGGAGAUUCGCAGCCUGGUCUUCCUGCCAGCGGAGUGCUGGGCCGAGGAGCGGGUGACAGGGGUGACAGUGGGGUCCCGGAAAGUCUCAAAAUCCUAAACUUUCAGUAUUUGUUAUUGUGAAAGAAGUUAAUUCACCUGAAACGGAGGAGGGGCAACCUGAGUUAUCAGAAAGUGACUUCCUGGCCUUCCCUUCUUUAUUGAUCAGAGGCACACAAAGUGUAGUUUCUAAGCUGAAUGAUGACAACAUUGCAGAAUAAAGAAGAAUGUGGAAAGGGACCAAAGAGAAUCUUUGCCCCACCUGCACAAAAAUCUUACAGCCUGUUACCUUGUAGUCCUAACUCCCCCAAGGAGGAGACCCUGGGGAUCAGUUCCCCAGAGACAGAGGCCAGCAUAAGCCUGCCAAAGGCCAGUUUAAAAAAGGAAGAGGAAAAAGCAACCACAAAGAAUGGUCCAAGCAGGGGCCAGGAGAAAAAAAGAAAGGCACAAAACAACAAGCAAGCAGAGAAGAAAGAAAAGGAAAAAUCAAGUCUUACCCGUGCAGAAUUUGAGGAGAUUGUCCAGAUUGUGCUGCAGAAGUCCCUUCAGGAGUGCUUGGGGAUGGGAUCUGGCCUUGAUUUUGCAGAGACUUCCUGUGCCCAGCCCAUAGUAUCCAACCAAUCAGCCAAGGAGCCAGGAAUUACUGCUUCUGCUACUGAUACUGAUAAUACUAAUGGAGAGGAGGUACCACAUACUCAAGAGAUUUCAGUGUCUUGGGAAGGUGAAGCUGCCCCUGAGAUAAGAACGUCUAAGCUAGGCCAGCCAGAUCCUGUACCCUCUAAGAAGAAAUCCAAUAGACUCACCUUAAGCAAAAGAAAGAAGGAAGCUCAUGAGAAGGUGGAGAAAACUCAAGGUGGACAUGAGCACAGACAGGAAGACCAACUAAAGGAGACAGUUCAGGAUCAUUCUCAGAUCAGGGACCUGCAAAAAGGAGAGAUAAGUGGUUUUGGUCAAUGUCUGGUCUGGGUCCAGUGUUCCUUCCCAAACUGUGGGAAAUGGAGGCGGCUGUGUGGGAACAUUGACCCCUCAGUUCUCCCAGAUAAUUGGUCCUGUGAUCAGAACACAGAUGUGCAGUAUAAUCGCUGUGAUAUUCCUGAGGAGACCUGGACAGGGCUUGAAAGUGAUGUGGCCUAUGCCUCCUACAUCCCAGGAUCCAUCAUCUGGGCCAAGCAAUACGGUUACCCCUGGUGGCCAGGCAUGAUAGAAUCUGAUCCUGACUUAGGAGAAUAUUUUCUUUUUACUUCCCACCUUGAUUCCCUGCCGUCUAAGUACCACGUGACAUUUUUUGGAGAAACAGUUUCUCGUGCAUGGAUCCCAGUCAACAUGCUAAAGAACUUCCAGGAGCUGUCCCUGGAGCUAUCAGGCAUGAAAAAGCGCAGAAAUGACUGCAGCCAGAAACUGGGGGUGGCCCUGAUGAUGGCUCAAGAAGCAGAACAGAUCAGCAUUCAGGUGGGAGAGUGUUCAGACCACACCCAUUCCUUUCCCUGCUCUUGGACAAGUGGGAUUCUUUCUCAGUCCAGACAAAGAUGGUUUCCUUUCUUUCCUUUUCCUGUUCUAGACUUACAGCUCUCUGGUUUGAACAGCCCAGGAUCCUGCUUGGAGAAAAAGGAGGAGGAAGAAGAGUUGGAAAAGGAGGAAGAGUUGGAAAAGGAGGAAGUAGAGAAAACAGACCCAACUUUGCCUAUUUGUAAGCAAGUCAAAAUACAGACCCAAAAAACCAAGCCAAGGGGACUUGGAGGUGGUGCAGGCACAGCAGAUGGCCAAGGCAGGACACUGCAGAGGAAGAUAAUGAAGAGAUCUCUGGGCAGGAAAUCCACAGUUCCUCCUGCACUCAGAAUGGGAAAGAAAGAAGGCCAAGGGAAUUCAGAUUCUGACCAGCCAGGCCCUAAGAAAAAAUUUAAAGCUCCCCAGAGCAAGGCCUUGGCAGCCAGCUUUUCAGAGGGAGAAGUUACAACAGUGCCAAAGGACCUGGGCCUAUCAGCAUGUAAAGGGGCCUGCCCCUCAGCUGCAAAAGAAGAGCCAAGACCCCGGGAACCCCUGACCCAGGAGGCUGGACGUGUUCCCCUUGAGGACGAAGCCUCCAGUGAUCUGGACCUGGAGCAACUCAUGGAAGAUGUUGGGAGAGAGCUGGGGCAGAGCGGGGAGCUGCAGCACAGUGACAGUGAUGGCGAGGACAUCCCCCUGGCGCUGUUUGGGAAGUAGCUGGUGCUCCUGCGCUCCCUUCUUUUCUCUCUUCUCUGGGGCGCAGGAGGGAGAAGUGGCUAAGUGCUGGGGCUGUUCAUUGGCUACCAGGUUCAAGUGUGUGUUGUGCUGUUUCUUUGUUAAUAAAGCAGGUUGCCGGUCGACUGGCUUGGCUGGUCUCUAACUGCCCCCUGUUGGCUGCUCGCCCUC